AUGGUGAUUGCCCCAGCACUUGGCAUAACCACACAAUUACAACCAUUCAAUUUAUUAUAUCCUAGCUCACAUCUAUUCAUUAUUAAUGUGCGUAGCAAUUAA